CUCUGCAUCCUUUUUCUUAGUCACCUAUAAAAAAAAUGUUGAGCCCUUUCCCUACCUGAUUGUCCAAUACCACACAUUUUGUGAGCACCGCAUCCAAAAUUCACAAUUUACCAAGGAGCAAAGAGAUGAAAACCCUAUUCUGCCCAUAAAGCAUAGCAAUAGACCAAGCUGCCAAAAACCCAACCCAAGCAAAAACCUAGUUUUGUCCAAAAACCCAAAAGCAACUUCCUUUCCCUUUCCCUCUGCUGCCCUUUCCCUCUCCGCCAUUUCGUCGAACACCUUCUCCGAUCGCUCGCCGCCGGCCAUGGCGGACGCUUCCGAGGCGGCAGCCGCCAUCUCAGCACGGCUCCUGGAGCUCGCGGCCGAAGACGACGCGGAGGCUCUCGGGGACCUCCUCGCCGCGCACCCGUCCCUCGCCGACGAGCCCGCGCCGUGGUACUCCCCAGCGCGCGGCGCGGAGCCCAUGACCCCGCUCAUGGUCGCCGCGGCAUACGGCUCCGUGGGCUGCGUCGACGUCCUUCUCUCGCCACCCCACCUCGUCGACCCCAACCGCGCCUCCCCGGCGUCCCUCUCCACCGCGCUCCACCUCGCCGCCGCCGGCGGGGCCUCCUCCGCGCCCGCGGCUGUCUCCCGCCUCCUCUCCGCCGGUGCGGAUCCCACCCUCCUCGACCACCUCCACCGGCGGCCGUCCGACCUCGUCACCCUCCCACCCAGCUCACUCCCGCUCAAGAAUCACCUCCUCUCCCUCCUCGGCGCCCGCAAGGAGUGGCCGCCGGACCCCUCCCUCCCAGACAUCAAGAACGGCGCCUACGCCUCCGACGACUUCCGCAUGUACUCCUUCAAGGUGCGCGCGUGCUCGCGCGCCUACUCCCACGACUGGACCGAGUGCCCCUUCGUCCACCCCGGCGAGAACGCGCGGCGGCGGGAUCCGCGCAAGUAUCACUACAGCUGCGUGCCGUGCCCGGAGUUCAAGAAGGGCGCCGGCUGCCGGAGGGGGGACAUGUGCGAGUACGCGCACGGGGUGUUCGAGAGCUGGCUCCACCCCGCGCAGUACCGGACGCGGCUGUGCAAGGACGGCGUCGGCUGCGCGCGCCGUGUCUGCUUCUUUGCGCACACGCCGGAGGAGCUCCGGCCACUGUACGUGUCGUCGGCCGGUUCGCGCAGCGCGAUGGAGAUGGCGGCGGCGAUGGGGAUGGGGCUGCCGUCGCCGGGGGCAUCGUUCACGCCGCCGCUGUCGCCGUCCGGCGGCGGCGGCGGCGUGGCGGGCGCGUGGCCGCAACCGAACGUGCCGGCGUUGUGCCUGCCCGGGAGCGCAGGGAACCUUCACCUGAGCCGGCUGCGCACGUCGCUGAGCGCGCGCAGCAUGGCGGCGGACGAGCUGCUCGCCUCGGCGGACUACGACGGGCUCGUCGGGUCGCCAGCCUCGGUGCGUUCGGCGAGGGGAAAGACGCUCGUGCCGUCAAAUCUCGAUGAUCUGUUCUCCGCUGAGAUGGCGGUCGCCGCGGCGUCUCACUCGCCGCGGUUCGCCGACCAGGGCGGCGCUGCUUUCUCGCCGACGCGCAAGGCCGCCAUGCUGAACCAGUUCCAGCAGCAGCAGAGCUUGCUGUCACCCCGGGCAACGGCGGCUGCGGUUAUCCCAGAGCCAGUGUCUCCAAUGAGCUCCCGGCUUCUCGCGGCCCUUGCUCAGCGGGAGAAGAUGCAGCAGCAGACGCUGAGAAGCAUGAGCUCAAGAGACCUUGGCUCGGGUGCUUCCGUCCUUGUUGGCUCACCGGUUACCUCGAGCUGGUCCAAAUGGGGAAUUCCCUCCGGCACCCCAGAUUGGGGUGCUGACGAUGAGGAACUCGGCCGCCUCAAGCGGUCCUCGUCGUUUGAGCUCAGGAGCGGAGCCAACGGUGAUGAGCCGGACCUCUCAUGGGUCAAUACCCUGGUGAAGGAGCCAACGCCGGAGAAACCAUUCAUCAAUGGGACAACUGCAAUGGAGUCCAUUGGCACUUUGAGUCAGGCAGCAAGUCAUGAAGGUAUCGGUGGCGGCGAGGACAACACUGCUGGUGUCAUCGGCAGCUGGCUUGAGCAGCUCCAGCUGGAUGAGAUGGUAGUCUAGAACAAACACAAACACAGAUCAAACAAGAAAGGUCGGCAUUGGAUUUGAUGGGUGCUGUGAUGUUAAUCUUUCCGAGGUGGUUUAGCAUGAUGCGUCGAUCUCUGCAGGGGUGAUGUUUAAUGUGCUCCAGAUGAGUGUGACCUGGCCACUGAUGGGUCUUCGUUCUUGUAAAACAACUGGGGCGGUGGCUCGGUAUGGCCGCCUCGUGUCUUGGCUUCUGUUUGGUCCUGGUCAUGGUGCACAGUGCUGACUCGUACAGUGACCUGGAUUUUCCGGUUCAAUGUAUCGUUUCAUAUUAAAAGCAGUAUGUAGGUGCGAUCUUAUAGGAAAUAAUGCUAGUAUGUGUUUAAUA